AUGACGCCAUUCAAUUGCGAAGGUUUAGGCGCCCUCCAGACGGAGGUCCCGAACGUACUAGCGCCCUCCAUUGACGUUCUCGACACUCUUGGGCUUUGCAAAGCCUUCAACUCGGAAGAAGCCAAAGUCGCACCCGCGAUUGCGUGCUGCUUGUCCGAAAUCGCAUCAUUAAUUGAAGCCCUCGUUCCCCGUCUACGUGCGGGUGGCCGGGUCAUCUAUGUGGGGGCGGGCAACAGCGGCCGGCUAGGUUUUAUGGAGUGCAGUGAACUGCCGGUGACAUUUUCCACAGAUGAAGGCCAAUUUCACGCCAUUGUGGCUGGCGGAGAACAAGCAAUUCUCAAAGCGAAAGAGGAAGCUGAAGACUCCGAGCAGGAUGGGUCAUCUCAGCUUGAGGUUCUCCGGGUCUCCGCUAAAGAUACCGUCCUGGGUAUCUCGGCCUCUGGACGGACGCCGUUUGUUUGUGGCGCACUCAAGGUGGCUAUCGAGCACGGCGCGUUGACAGCCGCCAUCACAAAUACGUAUUCGUCUGUUAUAGAGGCAUUGGGCGUCAACCACUCUGUCGCCGCCUUGGUUGGACCGGAAUUCAUCGCUGGGAGUACUCGGCUAAAGGCUGGAAGUGCAACAAAGCAAAUCUUGAACAUGAUCAGUACCUGUGCAAUGGUGAAGCUAGGCAAAACACAUAUGGGCCUUAUGAUUGACCUACGGGCAAGGAAUUACAAAUUGCAAGCGCGUGGCCGGCGGAUCAUCCAACAAGUCUGCAAGGGACGCCCCUUGUAUAUCCUUGAUGGGAGAGGCCAGCCACAACCCCGCCCCUUGAGAUUCAUCGAUGCCUCUCAAGAAGACGCUGCGCUGGAUAACUUGAUCACCAAGUGUGGGGGAAAUGUCAAGCUGGCAUGUGCCGUGGCUGUAUCCGGUCUUGCACCAGCUCAUGCCAGGCACACACUCGAUCGAAUGGAAGGAAAUUUUCGUUUAUUUCUUGAGAGCAUCGAACACAUGACGCCUAAGUGUAAUAUGGAGUACGCAGGGAAUGAAGAACUCUUUCUAUCAAUUGAUGGAGGAGGGACUAAAUGCGCUGUUUCCAUUGCAACACGCUCCCAAGUUAUCGCUCAAGGGUGGGGAGGGCCUUGCAACUUUCACAGUGUUCCAUUGGAUGAUCUCCUGGGUCAGAUACAAAUAGCCACUCUCCAAGCAGUCUCUCACUUGUCUCAAACAUACCGCUAUUCGGACACUCAACUACCCAAGUUUGCCGCUGUAUGGGCCGGAAUAGCUGGGUUGCACCAUGCAAAUCAACGGGAAGCGUUGUCCGAUGGGCUCGAGAAGCUAUUGAAUCUUUCUUCACGAGAAGGAGUCCUGCGUCUGACGAGUGACAGCGCACUUCUCAGCGCAUGCAUUGGCAUCAACGAUUCUGUUGAUCGUGGGAUUGCUGUCAUUGCAGGCACAGGAUCUGUGGCGACAGCAUUCAGCAAGGAUCCAACGGGGGAGUUUAUUCAAAUUGGGAGAGCAGGUGGCUGGGGUCCUCUUAUUGGGGAUCAAGGAAGCGCUUUUGACAUCGGUAAACAGGCUCUGCGGGCACUGCUGAGCAGCUUGGAGCUGAGCCAGGGUACAGAGAUACGCUUGACAGAAUUGGAGUCGGAGAUUUUGGCAAGUGUUGGCCAUGCCAAAGACGAGCUACUUUCCGGCAUUUUGUUUUCUGACUUGCAGCCCAAAUACUAUAUCAGUGAUAUUGCGAAAGUUGUCACAAAGCUGGGAUUUCGAAAGGUUCCAGAUUUACAGGCACUUGAGAUUCUUACCUCUGCUGCCAGGUCAGUGGUGCAGCUUAUCAAACCGCUUGCCCAGAAGCAUAUCUGUGACCCCAAUAUUAGCUCUCUCAUCCUCACAGGAGCUUUGAUGAACUUGCCCAAUUUUCAGGCCCUCAUCACGGGCGAGAUGGCACGAGAGCAAGUUCCAUCAUUCAAAGCUAUUGUUGUUGUUGAUAAUGCUUCCGCUUUUGCAGCUCAAUAUUUGGCACAGCGUGCUCAAGGCCAAUUGUUUAGCAAAAUUUAA